AUGCAGAGCCAGGCUGGCGGAGACGCGUCUGUCGCGUCGAACGGCGACGGGCCAAAAUCCCUGUCUAUUGAGGAUGCUGUCGGCAACGCCUUCUUGCAAUUGCUGGCCGAGACGGACAGCCAGGCCCAGGACCAGCGGUUCGUGCUCCAGUCUCCCUUCUUUGCGGGGCCUCCAGGCCCCUUCUUCUAUCCCUGCCCGGGCUCGGCCCUAGACGUGAGACGCCGGAAGGAGGAGCCUCCAGGGACCUACGAUGGCUUCGUCGACCUUGCUGCCUCGGCGGCUGUUCGUGUGCUCGUGUACGGCCCGAACAGUCCUGACGAGAGUCGCAACGAUCCUACGCCGCUCACACUGUAUCGGAGAAUGCUCUCGCUCGUGAAGCGUGCAUCAUCAGGGGCAGUACCAAACUCAGACCCGCGCCGGCAAUCUGCGGACGAGAACAUUACUCAUGGACUCAAUGGCCACCGCGAUAUUGAGACCAUCACGCGCCAGGAACUCCUGGACAAAGCCUACGACUCGGGGCACGCGGCCGGUUAUGAGGCGGGCGUCCAAGCAGAGGCUGCUAAGCGCCAGACGGCUUCUGAAGAUACAGAGGAAGCUUACACCCAAGGUUUUGCCGCUGGCCAGCGUCGCUUGAUGAACUCCGAGAUCGCGUUUGCUUUCGCUAGGGGCCAGCAAGCCGAGCAGCAGCGGAUUCGCACGCGCCUGGAGGAGGAAGGGAAGCAAAGAUAUCAAGCCACAGAGAUAUUGGAAGAGCUCCUGGGAUCGACAACAGAGUCUCCAGAUCCCGUGCGACACACCAGACCCGCGAGUGCGUCGAUACCCGACGCAUCAACACAACAGUCUCGCCAAUAUUCUAGCAGAGGCUCAGAAAUCAGCCACGCAAGCCCGCCCGCCAGAUUGCCAGAGGCUGCCAUUGCUUCCGAAGUUCAAGAUUCGUCUCUCUCGUACUCUCCUCAGACUGAGCCUCAGACGCGGACCCCAGCACCAACCUCUGAAUGGGCCACCAUGCCCAGACGACGACGUGUUGGCCGGCCCAGGUUGCUCCCUGACGAUGGAGACGGCCGGAAUACGGUCGCCACGUGUGUAUUCUGUGGUGUCCAACUCUCACAAAAUUCAGUUCUAAGACACAAGAGGAGGCACCAUCCCGCCGAGCUGGCAGCUAGAAAACACAACUUCUCGCCGCCCGGUGAUCCGAAUGCAUUCACCGAGAACAUCAAAUAUAUUAAGAGGAUGCCCAUCGACCUGCAGAUCAGCAUCAUCGCGGAAGCUGCGCAACAGCUGAACGCGGUCAAGCUACGCAUUCAGGACCUGGAGGCCCAGCAUCGCCGGCGGGAGCCGUCGUAUGUCAGCCGGCACGGGUUGCCUGACUUGCGUCAGCUCCACGAGUCACGGCCGCCGGUCCUCUCAGCCAUAUUCAGAAACCGCGGGCGGCUGCCCUAUAUAGUCCAGGAGCUGCGGCAGUUGACAAGGGCCCGCGGCAUGAGGAGUCAGAUGCGCGACGACGAAGGCACCUGGUGGGAGGUCGCCGAUGACCUGGAGGCGGGACUCACCCCCUCGAGCAAGCUGUCCCGGUCUGUCAUUGCGCUCCCACCGCCCGGCAAUGGGCCAACCGUGCCUCUUCACCUGAAUACUUUUUCUGAAGCGCCGAACAUGAACGACCCUUCUUGGAGGCCCCAGCACGCUCUUCCUUUCCAAACUGGUUGGGAUGUUACCGGCCCCGACGACAACCCUGUUUGGACACGAGUAGCCACUGGCGCACAACAGAGCGAGUCUGGACCUGCUGAGCCUGCGGUCAAGCUCGAAGCAGAGGAUGACGAAGAGGAUGGGGGAUACCAGGAGCUAAUGGCGGAGAUCUCUCGCAGGGUGCAGGAUGACAAGGCACAGUCGGAGUGGGACCAGAGCAGCAGUGACGGGGGCGGAUCUGAGUCGGCCGACGCUGAAGAUAAUGCCGCCCAGGGCACGCCUGAUCAGACCCGAAGGGGAAAUCCACAACUACUGAAGAGGUCUACGACUACGGCUUCUCCGCCGAGGAAUAUCAAACGUCACAGGGCUGCCUAG